AUGUCCGAGGAAUCAGCCCAGGAAUUGAGAAACAGACAGGCCAAGUUCACAUCUGAACUGCACGGUGAAGAAAUCGGUUCGAAAUCCGGUCUAAAAGCGCUGCUUUCCAAAAACAAGGCUGCUCAGCAACAAGCUGUGGCCAAGUAUUUGCGCCAUUGGGACGGCAAAACGGACGAAGAGGCCGAACAGCGUCGUCUGGAAGACUACAACGAAGCUACGCAUUCGUACUACAACGUGGUGACCGACUUUUACGAGUACGGUUGGGGCUCGUCUUUCCAUUUCAGCAGAUUCUAUGCGGGCGAGAGUUUCACGGCCAGUGUGGCACGUCACGAGCAUUUCUUGGCCUACAAAGCUGGGAUCAAGGCUGGAGACCUGGUUUUAGACGUCGGUUGCGGUGUUGGUGGACCUGCACGCGAAAUUGCGCGUUUCACUGGGGCUAACGUCAUCGGACUCAACAACAACGAUUACCAGAUCGCAAAGGCCAAAUACUACGCUAAAAAGGCUAACCUUGCCGGACAGCUGGAUUUUGUCAAGGGUGACUUCAUGAACAUCAACUUCGAGCCCGCCACAUUCGACAAGGUGUAUGCCAUCGAGGCCACAUGCCAUGCUCCCAAAUUGGAAGGUGUCUAUGGCGAAAUCUACAAGGUUUUGAAACCGGGUGGUGUUUUCGCCGUUUACGAAUGGGUUAUGACCGACAAAUACGACGAAAACAACCCAGAGCAUCGCAAGAUCGCUUACGAGAUCGAACUUGGUGAUGGUAUUCCUAAGAUGUUUCCUGCCGAGGUUGCCCGUAAGGCUCUCAAAACAGUUGGGUUUGAGAUCCUGCACGACGAGGAUUUGGCCGAUAACGAUGACCCUGUUCCAUGGUACUACCCAUUGACCGGUGAAUGGAAAUACGUUCAAACAGUAUCGGAUCUAGCCACGUUUUUCAGAACCUCUUAUCUUGGUCGGAUGUUCACCACCACGAUGGUGACGGUCAUGGAAAAGGUUGGAAUUGCGCCCAAGGGUUCCAGGGACGUGACUUUGGCGCUGGAAGAGGCCGCUGUGGGUUUAGUUGCGGGCGGAAGAAGUAAAUUGUUUACGCCUAUGAUGCUGUUCGUUGCUAAGAAGCCCGAAAAUUGA